AUGAAUAUUACCAGUCAGUAUCAGCAAAAUGCGGGGACUCCUAAUUCUCUAGGAUCUGGAGCUUUAAACACGCAACAACCUACUUCAAAUACGCAAUUCAACAAUUCUCAAUAUCUUUUCCAACAACAGCAACAGCAAGGUCAAACUCACCUAGGACAAUUCAACAUCUCUGAAACUUUUGCAGAUCAAUUGGGAGCCGACCCUCAUCUACAAGGUCAAGUAGAUGGAAUGAAUCCUUCGAAACUUUUAUCACAAGCUAGCUAUCAAGGUAAUUUGAGGAAUGAAAAUUCGCAACAAUCUUCACAACAGCUUCAUAGUCUGCAACAGCAACUCCAGCAGUUACAGUUACAUCAAGCUCAGCAAGUUCAAUUGAAUCAACAACAACCUCAUCAGCAGCAGCAACAUCAACAGCAACAGCAACAUCAACAACAGCAACAACAAGGAACCUUUCAAUCUGCACAACCUACUCCUCGACUACCAACUCAGCAGCUCUUAGCUCAGCAACUGCAAUCGCAAUACUCUAUGAACAAUUAUAUGACUCCUAGGGCACAACAAACACAAUUGGCACAGACGUUAAACUUAGGUUUUAAUGAGCCUGUAUAUGAGAAUAUUUCGGUUGAUCCAGCUAUUCAUGCAUCACCACAUUGGCAACACCAAACCCAAUUAGUUGAAGUUUCAAGACAAUCCAAUAACCCACACUUUUACGCCAGGCAAGCUGCCAGUUUCUCGAGAAGAUUAAUUAAUGGUAAUCAAGAGGUAACUGGAACAACAUUGAUUGAUGUCACCAAAAAUAUAUUAACCAGUGUCUCCAAGCCACAGGAACUAACCAAUACACAGAAUGGAUUACAAGGGGAACAAAAUAAGGGCGUUGCUGGGACUCCUACAUUAACCAGUGCAGUUAUUGCGAAAAAAACUUGCACCCAAGAAGCUGAUGCGGUUGAUGAAGAGGAGGAAGAUCAGAGGAUCAGAAUCAAAGAAAAUAAUACGCAGUUAUGGACCGGUUUAGAUUUGAGUGGCCAGUUAAUGACUUCUUUAACUGAUAAAGUAUUUAAAUAUGCUUUUUUAAGGAGGUUGUAUCUCAAUGGCAACAACAUAAAAGAAAUUCCCAAAUCAAUUGCAUCAUUGAAGAGCUUGAGAGUUUUAGAUUUAUCGUGCAAUAAGUUGGGACAAUUACCUGGAGAGAUGGGUAUGCUAUUCAACCUUAGAUAUCUAUAUUUAUUUGAUAAUGAUAUUCGAGAAAUACCGGAUCAUUUUGGUAAUUUAGUUUCCCUGGAAUUUAUUGGAAUUGAAGGAAAUUUGCAUAUGGACAAAGAUAUUAUUUCUUUAAUUGCCAAAAAAGGUACUAGGGGGUUAAUCUAUCAUUUAAGGGAUGACUGUAUCAAAUUACCGCCUCCCCCACCUAGAAAUAUGAUUGAAAUUGGAGAAGAUGGCGAACCUAAAAUGAAGAAGGAAGAAUUGAAAUCAGUGAAGGAGUACAAUUUAAAUUCUGUUGAGAAGAACUUUUUUACCUUGAUGAGUUACAAUACACUAUGUCAACACUAUGCCACAUCGAAGAUGUAUAAGUAUACACCUACUUGGGCACUCAAUUGGGAAUAUAGAAGGAAUGUGUUAACGAGGGAGAUUUUAUCGUAUUCUACCAAUAUAAUUUGUUUACAAGAGGUUGAAACAAGAACAUAUGAAGAAUAUUGGGUACCAUUAAUGAAGGAGAAGGGAUAUGAAGGGGUUUUCCAUUGUAAGAGUCGUGCAAAGACCAUGAAUGAAAAGAGUGCCAAGCGAGUCGAUGGGUGUGCAACGUUUUAUCAAACUUCGGCAUUUGAGUUGAUUGAUAAAAAGAUAUUAGAGUACGGUAAAUUAGUUAUUAGUCAAGAGAAAUUUAAGAAAACCGAAGACAUUUUCAAUAGGUUUAUGAAUAAGGACAAUAUAGCAUCUGUUAGUAUUUUGAAUCAUAUUGGAAGUGGUCAGAAAUUAGUUGUUGCAAAUACCCAUUUACAUUGGGAUCCUGAAUAUAACGAUGUGAAGGCAAUGCAAGUUGCGGUAUUAUUGGAAGAAUUACAAAGUCUUGUUAAGAACUAUACCAGUGGGCGAGAAGAUAUUAAUAAAAUUCCAUUAAUUAUAUGUGGUGAUUUCAAUUCACAAACCAACUCUGCAGUUUAUCAAUUUAUAUCCCAGGGGGUUUGUAAAGACCAUGGUGAUUUGAGAGACCGUGACUAUGGUAAAUAUACAGCUGAAGGCCUGGAGCAUCCGUUCCAUUUACGGAGUGCCUAUGACGUCAUUGGUGAAUUACCAUUUACAAAUUUUACACCAACAUUCACGGAGGUUAUUGAUUAUAUUUGGUAUUCGACACCAACGUUAUCUGUAAAGGGUUUGCUUGGGGGUGUUGAUGCCGAGUAUACGGACAAGGUGAUUGGUUUCCCCACUGGCGACUGUCCUUCUGACCAUAUACCGCUCCUGUCCAAGUUUGAGUUUAAAAAACAGGCUAGUGGUCGGAGAGUGCGUGCGGACUUUGGAAAUGGGUCUCGCAAGACGUGA